AUGUUACGCCUCUUGACUCGUCCCAUCCGCCCCUCCAUCCCCUUCGCCCGCAGAAUGAUGGCCUCCACUCCAGAUUUUAACAAGCCCUUGUACGUUCCUUUGGCCGAGAUCGACCCUGAAGUACAGAACAUCAUCGACAAAGAGACAUGGAGGCAAUACUCUGGGCUUGAAUUGAUUGCCUCUGAGAACUUGACAAGCCGCGCUGCGAUGGAAGCUAACGGCUCGAUCCUCACCAACAAGUAUUCCGAGGGUCUUCCAGCCGCGCGUUACUACGGCGGUAACGAGUGGAUCGAUGAGCUUGAGGUCCUCUGCCAAAAGCGCGCACUUCAGGCGUUCCAUCUUGAUCCCGCGAAGUGGGGUGUCAACGUCCAACCUUACUCUGGCAGCACUGCAAACUUUGCCGCUCUAACGGCGCUCCUCCAGCCUCAAGAUCGCCUCAUGGGGCUCGGAUUGCCUGAUGGUGGUCACCUGACCCAUGGUUAUUAUACCGCAAAGAAGAAGAUGACCGCGUCUUCGAUCUACUUCCAGUCGCUCCCGUACGGGUUGGAUCCCGAGACACAGCUGAUCGACUACAAGAAGCUCGCAGCGCAGGCCAAGCUGUACAAGCCCCAGCUCCUGAUCUGCGGUGCAUCGGCAUAUCCCCGUGAUUGGGAGUACGACAAGCUGCGCUCAAUUGCGAACGAGCAUGGCGCAUUCUUGAUGGCGGACAUUGCACACACGAGCGGUCUUGUUGCCGCGGGUGAGCUCGCGGAUCCGUUCCAGUACUGUGAUGUUGUCACCACGACGACACACAAGACACUUCGUGGGCCUCGUGCCGGCCUGAUCUUCUACAAGAAGGAUAGCGACAAAACCAAAGACCUCGAGAAACGUGUCAACGACGCUGUGUUUCCCGCGUGCCAGGGUGGUCCCCACAACCACACAAUCGCUGCGAUCGCGACAACGCUUCUGCAGGCAUGCCAGCCCACGUGGAAAGCAUACGCGAAGCAGGUCAUCGCCAACGCCAAGACGCUCGGUGAGGUGCUCGUCUCCAAAGGGUACAAGCUGCAGACACAGGGCACGGACAACCAUCUUGUCCUCUGGGACCUCCGUCCGCUUGGCCUCACGGGCAGCAAGCUCGAGAAGCUCUGUGAUCUCGUUGGCAUCACCAUUAACAAAAACGCCGUUUCCGGCGAUGCUUCCGCGCAGGUUCCCGGCGGUAUCCGUCUUGGAACGUCUGCAGUGACAUCGCGCAAUAUGCUCGAACCUGAUAUCAAGAUCGUCGCCGAGUUCCUGCAUCGCGCCGUGCAACUCGCUCUCCUGCUCCAGAAGGAGGCGGGCAGCAAGCUGCUGAAGGACUUCGUGCGUGUCGCGAGCACUGAGGAGGAGGGCAAGGAGGGCGCACGCAUAGUGCGCGAGCUGCGUAGGGAAGUUCGGGCGUUCGCGCGUAAGUGGCCGGUCCCUGGCGUGGACGUCUCAAAACUCGUGCGCCCUGCUGGCAUCGAGGAGGAUGAUUGA